UCGCGUGUGAAUCGUAUUGACGUCAUGUAAAUAACAUUAAAUAAAAGACUGUUUUAGAUGUUUUCGGUUAUUUUAAACACGAAUAUGAACCAUUACUGGUUGGACUCAAGCUAAACGGAAUCUUCUGAAACUUCGCAGUAAUAUGAAGUUUUGUUUGUGUGUGUGUGUGUGUGUGUGCGCGCGCGCGCAGAAUACCCCUGAACAACUUGGCACAUUUCAAUGAUCUGACCAUGAGACGGAGCCCGAGGAGACCCCUGAUUCUUAAAAGAAGAAAACUGCCUUUUCAUCAAAAUGCGACGGAUUCACAGCCUGGAGAAUCAGGCUCCAAAGAACCGUCAAAACCAGCUGCCGCUCAGAGCUUUUCUGAUGGUAUCCGCAUCAUGGACCAUCCAUCCAAGUCUGAUACUCAGGUGGUUGUCAUUCCGGAAAAAGCAAAUCUUCAAAGUGUUAUUGGGGCCCUCACAGCUAAAGGCAAGGAAUGUGGUGCCCAGGGCCCAAACAAGUUCAUUCUUCUGAAUGGAGGUGGGAGUGGCAACAAGUGGGACUAUGGACUUGAUUCUCAGUCUGCUGCUGAAGCGGCUGCUACAAGGAGUACAGAAGGACAUAAAGUCAAAGCUGAAGCUACAAGCAAUUUCCCAGUGAAUAAGGAUGUAAACUGCGGUCCAUUGGAUGACAGCCUUACCAACAUUCAGUGGUUGGGUAAGAUGAGCACAUGUGCCUUGGAGCCAAAGCAGCUCAGCAGCAAGGAGAACCAAAAACCUUUACCACAGACCUUUCAGGCACACAAUACACAUACCAGUGCAGAAGCUCCUCAGCAACCCAUUUCAGAGAGGCCACCAUACUCCUACAUGGUCAUGAUCCAGUUUGCUAUCAAUAGCAGAAAGAACAGGAGGAUGACCCUCAAAGAGAUUUACAUGUGGAUUGAGAACAACUUCCCUUACUAUAGAGAUGUGGCCAAACCAGGCUGGAAGAAUUCCAUCCGCCAUAACCUCUCUCUGCAUGACAUGUUCAUUCGUGAAACGUCUCCAGAUGGUAAAAUGUCUUUCUGGACUAUCCGACCUGAAGCCAAUCGAUGCCUCACACUUGAUCAUGUGUACAAGCCGGGCUGUGAUCCAGUGACUGCCACUGUUCCUGUGCCAAUGCUUUUACUGGCUAAUCAACACCAAAAGAGGACACUUCCAGAUGCAAGAAAAACACCAACUAGCUCUGAGAGAAAGAUGAAACCUCUUCUGCCUCGAACCGAUUCAUACUUGGUGCCCAUACAGCUCCCCGUCACUCCUUCUGUCUACCUGGCAUCCACUUCUACCCCUUUUCCUCCGCCCUGCUCCCAGCAGAAGGGGAACAAUUCACGAGGAACAAAGAGAGUCCGCAUAGCACCGAAGGUGACACAAAGUGAUUCCCCAGCUGUGAUGAUAUCUCCUCAGAAGAAUACGGACUUUAAGGUAGAAGUGAAGGAGGAGCUGGUAUGUGUUCCAAUUAAAUGCGAGACCCCCAAAGCUCCUCCAAAGAGACAAGCCAGCAGCUCACGGCGCAAACAGUGUUUUGUUCUCUCUGUGAAUGAAGAGCCUGUUCUCCUCUGCCACGAAAGUAAUUUCUUUGACUCUGGCGUAGCCUCCGAUGCUUCGACAUUCCAGGACAAUCCACAUAUUGAGCUGGAUGAAGACAAGCAUGGGCAGGAAAGCCCAGAUAGGGAGUUCUCAUUCAAAACCCCGAUAAAAAGUAGCAGCCAUUUGACCUCAUCCACCCCCAGCAAGCCACCUUCUUAUGUUGCACUUGAGUCUUGGAAAGUGACCCCGGUGGGCAAAGGAAGCCAAAAUAUUCUGGACUUCAGCCCUAUUCGUACACCGGGUGGUCCCACAGAUACUCCACAACACGACUACACCACCUUCAGCUUCAGCAGCACUCCCUUUAAAGACUUGCCUCUGUUUAACUCCCCAAGAGAGCUGCUCACAUCUGCUCCCUCCAGAGUGACCGGACCAGCAGAGUCGCCCACCGAAUGCCUCAAAAGUAGCUGCUCCAGAGAGCUUCUGCAGGGAGGCAGUUCCACAGCAGCCAAUCGCUCAAUCACAGAGGGCCUCGUCUUGGAUACCAUGAACGACAGCCUGAGCAAGAUAUUGGUGGAUAUUAGCUUCUCUGGUCUGGAUGAUGACGACCUUGGUGGUCCCACAGAUACUCCACAACACGACUACACCACCUUCAGCUUCAGCAGCACUCCCUUUAAAGACUUGCCUCUGUUUAACUCCCCAAAAGAGCUGCUCACAUCUGCUCCCUCCAGAGUGACCGGACCAGCAGAGUCGCCCACCGAAUGCCUCAAAAGUAGCUGCUCCAGAGAGCUUCUGCAGGGAGGCAGUUCCACAGCAGCCAAUCGCUCAAUCACAGAGGGCCUCGUCUUGGAUACCAUGAACGACAGCCUGAGCGAUUUAUUGUUGGAUGUUAGCUUCUCUGGUCUGGAUGAUGACGACCUUGGUAUGGCGAACAUCAGCUGGUCUGAGUUCAUCCCUCAGUUGAAAUAGCCAGAGGGCCGAAACACAUUCUAUGGCUAAGCAGUGUCACCUGUUUCUUUUUCCUUUUUUUUUUCUUUGUGUAAACACUACAUGAUUAGGCCCACACCUAAUUGAUUUGCACAUUUUAAUAUAUAAUUUAGCUUCUACACAAAUUUUAAAGGAUAUGUUUUCAAGAUGCUUCACUGCAGUU